AACACGUGUGCAAGCAACAUACAUUGUGCAUAGGAGGCUUAAUGUCAUUCAGACAAGAUUAUAAAGACCAAUCGUGUCUUAAUGUCUUUAAAACCAAAAAUAUAUAAAAUUACAAUAUUUGUAUACAAAUUUGCAUAUAUUGUUUCAUUAUUAAUUCAAAUCACAUUGGUGCUUUUAAAGAAAAAUUAAACAAAAAUCGAUGUUUAAGCAAACUUUUAAAAAGUUUAAAAAAGUAAACCCAUUGUCUGAUCUUCAGGAGGUAAUUGACUUAGACAAUUACGAUGCAAAUAAUUCCACAAAUGGUUUGUGUAAUAUAGUAAAUCCAAAGGAUAUCUCCGAAAUGGAUAUACGUAAAAGUCUAGAUUUUCCGGUUGGAUUGCAGCCACUUCGUAUGUGGCGAUGUUAUACGCUUAAAAAGCAUCCUGGUCUUCUGAUCAUACGCAAUCCAUUUACAUUCAGAGGACAGCGUUACUGGAUAGCUCGAAGUCUUCGUGAUUACCCUCUGCCACCCAAUACUGUGAACUUAGAUGCAAAACAUUUUUCCUCCAAGACUAUAUCUGAUUGGUGGGGAGAGUUACAUCAUUGUACUAAUCCAAAUCUUGUUCAUCGUCUUAAGACUGCGAUGCGUUGGACAACUUUGGGCUAUCAUCACAACUGGGACACUAAGGUUUACGAUAAGACAAUGCACACUCCCUUCCCAAGUGAUUUAUGUUACUUGUCCAAAUAUUUUUCACUAGCCCUAGGGUUUCCAAAUUUUAUUCCGCAAGCCGCAAUUGUUAAUUAUUAUCCAAUUGGUACUUCUUUAAAUGGACACACUGAUCAUUCUGAGAUAAAUCAUGAAGCACCGCUAUUUUCAUACAGUUUCGGACAAACUGCUAUAUUUCUUAUAGGUCACGGUACUCUAGAAGAACAACCUAGUGCUGUGUAUCUCCGUAGUGGCGAUGUUUUAGUUAUGUCAAAGGAAUCACGUCUGUGCUACCAUGCCGUUCCGCGUAUUAUGAAAGCAUUAGAAGAUCCUUGGAAUAACUUAUUUACAAAUCCAAACGAAAAGCUUGACACCUUUAAUAGUUCGAUGAAUUUUGAAUUAUACGACCAGCUUAAUGAUGAACUGUUUUGGAUGCCAUUUAACCGUUAUGUUACAGACUGCCGCAUAAAUAUUAAUGUUCGUCAGGUCUACUCUUCAGAUCGUUAAAUAUAUAUAAUAAUAUAUUAU